AUGGCAAAACGUAAGGUGGUAGAUAAACAGGUCUCGAUCCUCAAGUUUUGCCGAACAGGCAGCGGCCACGAAGAGACGCUUAAGAAAGAGGUCACGGUUAUAGAUCUCGUCAGCGAUAACGAGCAGGAGUCGCUGUUUGUCUGCGAUUCAGAGGAAGAACUGCCGUAUCAGGAAGAGCGAAGCACGCAGUUUGCUUGUCCUGUUUGCGAAGUGGACAUCGCACACUUGUCGCUGGACGACCGCACAGUCCACGUGGAGGCGUGUCUUGUUAACCCAAAUACGAAAAAGGUCCUGUAUAGACGGAUCAAGACGACGGGUGUGGUGGAGCAGACGAAAAAGAAAUGCGACAGGCGACCGCGACCGCCGAUCCCUGACGAGAAGAUCCUUAGUUUUGAAAACCAUACCAUCGCCGUUGACGCUUUCUGCUACGCCCCUCACCCUGCCAUUUCUGUGUAUUUAUUGACGCACUUCCAUUCAGACCAUUAUGGAGGCCUCACCAAGAACUGGGACCACGGCUCGGUUAUCAUUGUGACACCUAUAACUCGCAACUUACUGGUUUACAAAUUCGGGGUGAACCCAGACCUCCUGCUCAGUGUGGAUUAUAACCAGACCAUCGAGGUGCCCCACACCGAUCUCAAAAUAACCUGUCUCGACGCGAACCACUGUCCCGGAAGCGGCAUCUUUGUGAUCGAAUCGCCCGGGCUGCGGUACCUGCAUUGCGGAGACUGCCGUAUCAACAAGCCGAUGCUGGAGUCGCUGAUGCAGAUUGGCCGGUUCCACAAGAUAUAUCUCGACACCACGUAUCUGAACCCGUUAUACAAUUUCCCCAAACAGGAGAUAGUUAUAGACGAGUUAUGCAAGCUGUUGCAAAGCAAGAUGGAAACCAUGCAGUUUUCGCAGCAGCGGGUUAUAGACUUUUUCGUCGACCGCAAACCACAAAAGUUCCUCAUUGUCAUCGGCACGUACCUCAUAGGCAAGGAGCGGCUUGCGAUCAAGCUUGCUGAGGCGCUGCAGACCAAGAUCUACUGCAACGAAGAGAAAAAAAACGUUCUUAGCCAGUUUGGAUGGCCAAACUUGGAUAACCUACUAGACACGCAUAACCCAGAAAGCUGCCAGAUCCAUCUCGCCGCACUCCCGAAGCUGAACAAGGACUAUCUCGCAGAGCAGCUCAAGACGUACUCGCGCCAUUUCAAGGCUGCGAUCGGAAUCCGUCCCACAGGGUGGUCUGUGCGAUACGGAAAGCCGGUACCUUCGCUGGACGCUAUGGUGGCCGCGGAGUCCCCAGAAAUGGUGUACGCGGCUAUCUCGAAGCAUUUCGACCGGUUCCGCGAGGACAACAAGGCGCGCGUGCUACAGAUCCCAUACUCGGAACACAGCUCGUAUAGGGAGUUAUUCUAUUUUGCAAAUCUGCUCGAAUACGACGAGCUGGUUGCCACAGUGUCCCCGCAUAACCAAGACGAGCAGCUCGCGAUGCUGCGCGAAUUCAAAAAUUACGACAGGUUGUGUAUAGAAAAUUUCUAA